AUGCUUAUGCUCUGGGACUCAUUUUUUAAUUUAAAGGGAUUAUUUGCCAAAUUUUAUGAAAAAGCGAAAAAGAUGAUAAAAACUGAUAAAAAAUCAACCAAUUAUUAAUUAGAAAGUAUCGGAAUUAAAAAACAAAAGAAUAGAUUAAAUCUUUUUAUCAAUAAGAAAGAAAAAUCAACAACUAAUUUAAAUUAAGAUCUAGCAAAAGUCAUGGCAGAUGAAAAAAAAAUGAGUAAUUUAGCUUAUUUGCAGAAGAAAUCUAGAAAGUAGUCUUUAAAGGCAAAAAAAUCCUCUUAGUAAAUCUAAUAACAUAAAAAAGUAAAAGAUUCUCUUAUAAAUCAAUUUAAUAAUACUCAAUAAAAGGCACUAGAAUUCGAACAGUUCUAAUAAAGAAUUUAGCAAAAGAAAGCGAAUUUAAGAGAAAGUGAAGAUUAAUUCUUGAUGCAAAUUUUCAAUAUCGAUAAUUAGCAUCAAGAUAAGUAGUUACCAGAUUAGACUCACAAAAAAAGGAAUAAAAUUGUAAAUUAAAAUAAAACUUAGUAGAAUAUGGGAAACUAUUAAAAGGCUAAUUAUUUAAAAAGUAAUAGGAGAAAAACUUUUGAUUAGCAUAAAUAGCAAGAUUAGAUUAAGAAAAUGUAUGUCAAUGGGCAAAUGAAAAACAACAAUUUCAUAAAGGAUGGAGUUAAUAAUGAUAUUGAUUAGAGAAAAUCUUCGAUGGAUACUCAAGAUACCCAGCUAAUUCAAGCUUUUGAGUCAGUAGAUUACAUUUAAAGUUUUAAAUUUGGAGAUUUGCCCCAAGUCAAUGAUUAUUUUAAGAAAUGA